AUGCAGCCUGCAAGCAGUGGGGGAUCCUUCCGAUCGGCACCUCCUUCAGAUCAGGUGAAAGAAGAGCCACAAGAAGGUUUGGCUGAGCACUGGGAAGCCCGAUGGCAGGAGUUCCUAAGGAGGGUGGAGUCCCCUCACUCAGGGUGGGGAAUCUCACCACAGCAAGAGAAGCCCUCUCCGUGGGAAGACACGAAAAGCUUUCUGGCCUCCUUCGAGCAAGUAGCCGAAGCCUGCCAGUGGCCUAGAGAACAGUGGGUCAGCAGGCUCUUGCCGGCCCUCAGCGGAGAACCCAAGCAAGCUUUUAUUGUCUUAGAUGCUGCUGACAGAGAGGAUUAUGGGAAGGUGAAGGCAGCCAUCCUGCGAGGGGACGUCCUCAGCCGGGAGAAACAGCGCCAACACUUCAGGCGUUUCCAUUACCAAGAGGCCGAGGGGCCGAGAGGGGCUUACGGCCAACUCCAGGACCUUUGUCGUCAAUGGCUCAAAGUGGAGAGGUGCUCCAAGGAGCAGAUCCUGGAGGUGCUGAUCCUGGAGCAGUUCCUGACCAUCCUGCCCCCGGAGAUCCAGAGCUGGGUGAGGGAAAGUGGUCCAGACACCUGCUCUCAGGCGGUGUUUCUGGCUGAGGAUUUCCUGAACAAGUUGUUUGGGAUUCUCUCGUUAUUUCUCCAGCAGCCCAAGAGUGGAUGGCCAUCGGUGAUGGGGGGAAAUAUGUGCCUGGAAAUUCAGAGCAAAUGGCACUACAUGGGAUAUCCACUUGGAAAGAAGAGAAUAUUUCUCAGUGUUGCAAGCAGGAAAAUGUCUCAGCAAGUCAGGAGAGGGCAGAGUAUCAGCCAGGAAACCCACCUGAGGGAGGAUGUAGAUGAAUCCCUUCCCUGUGGGGGAGAUUGCAGGUUCCCCAAUGAAACCACAGUCCAGACAGGAGCUGACACAGCAGGUUGUAGGGGGAAGAGUGAAAAUGAGAGCGUGCCAUGUGGGUUACCAUCAGAACAAGUCAAAUGUGAACAGCUGAAAGAGAACUUCUCGGAUCAAAGUGGACCACAAAGCCAGGAGGAGGACCAUGUGGAGAAGAGGACAGAGUCAUCCAUUUCUUGUCGGGUUGGGGACGUCCACGAAAUCACAGUCCAGCAAAUGGAAGAAAGAAAUGACUUCAUUGGUGCUCAGUGGAGAAUCCACAUGGAACUUCCAGAAUGCGGGAUGCUCAGCACAGGAAAGAAACCAUAUCAAUGCCUGGAAUGUGGCAAGAGCUUCAAUCGCAGUUCAACGCUUAGGUCCCAUCAGCGACUCCACACAGGGGACAAACCUUUCGAAUGCUUGGAGUGCGGCAAGAGUUUGUGUGAUAAGUCAAGCCUUAUUCAACAUCAACGAAUCCACACAGGGGAAAAACCGUAUAAGUGCUUGGAAUGUGGGAAAAGCUUCAUUCAGAGCUCAAAGUUAACUCGACAUCAAAGGAUGCACACAGGAGAGAAAGUGCAUAGCUGUUCGUACUGUGCCAAGAGUUUUAGUGAUAAAUCAAGCCUUAUUCAACAUCAACGGAUCCACACAGGGGAAAAACCAUAUAAGUGCUUGGAGUGUGGGAAAAGCUUCAAUCAGAGGGCAAACUUUACUAGACAUCGAAGAAUGCACACAGGGGAUAAAGCAUAUAGCUGCCCUGACUGUGGGAAGAGCUUGUGUGAUAAAUCAAGCCUUCUUCAACAUCAAAGAAUCCACACAGGUGAAAAACCAUUUAAAUGCUCGGAAUGUGGAAAGAGCUUUAACAAGAGCACCAACUUUGUAAGACAUAUGAGAAUCCACACAGGGGAGAAGCCUUUUAGCUGCUCCUACUGUAGCAAGAAUUUCUAUGAUAAAGCAAGCCUUAUUCAGCAUCAAAGGGUUCACACAGGGGAGAAACCAUUUAAAUGCUUGGAAUGUGGAAGGAGGUUCAGUCACAGGGGAAGCCUUCGUGGACAUCAAAGACUCCACACAGGGGAGAAACCCUACACAUGCUCUCACUGUAGCAAGAGCUUCUUUGCUCUAUCGAGCCUUCUGAAACAUAAGACAACUCACACAGGGGAGAAGCCAUAUAAAUGCACGGCAUGUGGAAAGAGCACACACCUCAGCUCAGAUCAAAGGACGCACCCAGAGAAGGAGCAGUAUAAAUGCUUAGACUGUAGCAAGACUUUUUGUGAUCAGCCGGGUCUUGUGAGAACAGCCAUGGAAGAAACAGUGUAAAUGCUGUGGAUUUUCCUAGUGAACUCCGGCCGUGAAAGCCUUCAACAAGAAACAGUGUAAAUGCUUGGAAUGUGGACGGAGCUCCAGUC